AUGGCAGCCCCUCAGAACAUCAACACUUCCUCACUCGCCAGACCUGAUUUCGGUCACAGGCUGAGCGUCUCAACGUCACCAACAGCGACUUUCCAAUCCCCACCAUCCAGCUUUGGCGGGGCACUGGCACACCGGGCAGCGGCCAAGCAGUUGAAGCCGUUCAACACUCAAGAUAUCAAGAUUCUGCUCCUUGAAAAUGUCAACCAGAGCGGAAAAGAUAUCCUAACCGGUCAAGGUUACCAAGUCGAGGCGCUCAAGACCUCUCUACCGGAGGAUCAACUCAUUGAAAAGAUCCGUGACGUACAUGUUAUCGGCAUUCGCUCCAAGACUAAGCUCAACGAGCGAGUGCUUAGUGAGGCCAAGAACUUGUUGGUCGUCGGCUGUUUCUGCAUUGGCACAAAUCAGGUCAAUCUUGAGUAUGCCGCAAAGCAUGGUAUUGCAGUUUUCAACUCUCCCUUUGCCAACUCCCGCAGUGUGGCAGAGUUGGUGAUCGGAGAGAUCAUUACCCUUGCCCGUCAGCUGGGAGACCGCUCAAAUGAGAUGCACCGUGGCAUUUGGAACAAGGUCAGCAACAAGUGCUGGGAAAUCCGUGGCAAGACGCUCGGUAUAAUUGGUUAUGGACACAUCGGCUCGCAACUGUCAGUGUUGGCUGAGGCUAUGGGUAUGACGGUGAUCUAUUACGACGUCGUCAGCUUGAUGGGUCUGGGUACUGCCCGACAAGUACCGACCAUGAAGGACUUGUUGAACCAGGCCGAUUUUGUUACCCUCCAUGUCCCUGAGCUCCCAGAAACAAAGAACAUGAUUUCUGCCCCACAAUUCGCAGAGAUGAAGGAAGGUUCUUACCUGAUCAACGCCAGCCGUGGAACCGUGGUUGACAUCCCGGCCCUCAUCAAUGCUUCGCGGAGCGGUAAGAUUGCCGGUGCUGCAUUGGAUGUGUACCCCAACGAGCCUGCAGCCAACGGUGACUACUUCACCAACGACCUGAACACUUGGGGUGAGGAUCUACGCAGCCUGAAGAACCUCAUUCUCACACCACAUAUUGGCGGUAGCACUGAGGAAGCUCAGCGAGCGAUCGGUGUAGAAGUUGGUGAUGCUUUGGUCCGAUACAUCAACCUGGGUAUUACACUGGGCAGCGUCAACCUGCCGGAGUGCAACCUGCGUUCAUUGACCCAGGAAGAGCCCGACCAUGCCCGCGUUAUUUAUAUCCACCAGAACGUCCCUGGUGUUUUGCGCAAGGUCAACGAAGUCCUCGGUAACCACAACGUCGACAAACAGAUCAGUGACAGCAGAGGUGACGUUGCCUACCUGAUGGCUGAUGUCAGUGAUGUCGGAUCUGCUGAUAUCAAGGAUAUCUCUGAUUCUCUCGAGGCUCUCAGUUCAAGAAUCUUGGUUCGUGUUUUGUACUAG